CGCAUGGCUCUGCCUGGUCUGCGCUCUGCCGUCCUGCCGGGACGCGUCGUCGCCUCGCGAGCGUUUUCUGUGUCAAGCGCCUGUCGCAACGUCGCGACGUCGUUGCCGGCACGAAAACCUGUGGGUGCGUUUCGUGGGGGUGUGUUUGGAUUCCUAGCUGGAUCUGUGGCGGCUGGGAUCUCCGUCUACUAUUACAUUCUGGCCGAGUAUCGGGUUUCUAACGAGAUGUUGACGGAGGAUAUCUACGCCCUUCAAGUAGCAACCAGAAAACUCCAGACAUAUAUCACAGAACUGGAGACAAAGGUCGACCAAUUGCAGAAGAAGAAUUGAGAUUGGUAUCGUCCGACGGGUGAUUGGUUCUGCUUUUAUCUCUUCGUUGCAUCUGGCUCAGAAUAUCUCGUUUUUAUUUGUCUUUGAAUUGAUUUUCACGUUCGAGGGUGUCCUGGAUCUACAUCAUUCGGUUCUUGUUACUCAAGAGCUAUUGUUUCUAUUCUUUUGAAUCAAAGUGAUAAGUGAGUUGUAAUUGCCAAUGCGUGAUAGGUAUAUAUUUCUUGGGUGGCUUCGUCUGCAAACCAGAUACCCCGCCACUCUGUAUGCUUUUCAUGAUUUCUAG